AUGUCAAGCUUUAACCCCGAUGCACCUGUGUUUAUACCGACGUUCCUUCGUCAGUCCGUGAGCAAUGGCAUGGGGGCCGAAGAGGGUGGUUGCGCGCCGUCGGCCCCACAUCGUGAGCGCCCCCUCGUGUUCCUCAUCUUUGGCUGUCGCGGGGCGGGGAAGACGACACAAAGUGAGCGCCUCGCGAAGGAGCACAACCUGCUGCGGAUCUCCUCGGGCAACAUCUAUAUUGAGGGGAAGCAGCCUUUUGUCGAGCUACGAAGAAUACUAUUAGAGGAGUUUGGUGAGGGGAAGGAACGCCGCUUCAAUGGCGUUGUGCUCGACCGCUUUGUUGCGAACAGCGAGUUUGACGCCUUCUACAUUCAGUCCGCCCUGGAUGCCGUGAAACUUCCGGUUCCGUUCGUGUUUGUACUCGCCAUUGAUCCGGCGUUGGCGGCGGAACGGGCGGGCUUGCGUGGGGAUAAUAAGGUUGCCCACCAGCAUUGGCGCGCGAUUGAGCAAAAGGCGCAGGCCGUCACUGCAAACACCGUCUACGCCCCGAUUGGGUGCUUAAAGACUAUCCGCGUCACGAAGGAGCGCACAGCCGAGGAUGUCUUUGCGGAGAUCGAAUCCACCAUUCAAACGCAACUGCCGGCGAAUCCUGAAAGCAUCAAACUUCGUCCCGCGGCCCGCCGUGAGGCGAAGGGAAUGAAGUUGAUCGAUAAUUAUGAAACCUACAUCGAGCUUGUGGUGGAUGUUCAUGCGGCCGUGGGAAAUGUUUCAGGACGAAAAGACACGGCCCCCUUAUCCACCAUUGGUGCUUACCUGGAUAAGGAGUACUUCUCAUUUGGUCACAAAAAUCUGCGCUCUUUGUUGUCAACGUUUCACGUUACCCUAAAGGCGGAUGGGCAACGAUAUUUGUUUGUGAAGCACAAACGCUACGGCUACAUUGGAUUUCCUGCCGCGUUCACGCAUUGCUAUGAUGUAAACAAGCUGUUUGAGGGGGUUGAGCUGAGCUGUGAGGUUUCGCCGGAGGCACAAAAAUUCAUCACAGAUAAGCAGCAUGACCGGCCGGUGGAAAUACUAUUUGACACGGAGCUGGUGAUCCAUGAGGGUAACCCCGUGUUUUACGUUCUGGACUAUUUGUACUUGGGCGGUUUGGAGGGGAAGCAAAUGCGGUUUGAAUCCCGUCUAAAAGUCCUUCGGGACUUCUUUGGUCGUCUGGCGCCGGUCACGCAGGUCAUUGCCUUAAAGGACUAUGUUCCCAUCAACAUGUUGCGAACGCUUGUGCCCAAGUGGGAGGAGGCACACAUUCCUAUAGAUGGUUUGGUGUUUCAGCACGGUGACGUUUACAAGAUCGGGCGUGACAAGUUUCUUGUGAAGUGGAAGCCCGUCGAGCACUGCACCGUGGAUUUUCGUCUGGCGAAUGGGGUGCUGGAAGGGGACCAGUGGAACUUCGAACUCAUGGUGACGGACGACAUCUCGGGAAACGGUGGGUUUGGCGAGAUUCCGUACGAAGGUGCCAGCACCACCAUUCCAGCGGCGGUAGUGGAGGAAAAUCACCUGUGCAACGGCAUAAUUGUGGAAUUGGCGCUGCUGCGUGGGCAGGGGGCGACGGAGGGAGAAAAAUCCCCUGCAGCAACACGGUGGUCCUUUAGGGGCGUGCGCAACGACAAGCCUUCUCCGAAUAAGUACAGUAUUGUUAAAAAGAUUGUGGAGCUGAAGCACUUGAGUCUGGAGGAGCUCGUUGAGUUGACUGAGAGGGUUCCUUUUUACGGAUCCACCUGA